UUGCCAAGAGGGGUUAAGGAGGACCACUGGAUUCCUCUGAUUUCCAUCUCUGUUUCCCUUUCCUUUGGCAAGAUGAUCCAGAUCUGGAUGGGCCUUCUGGCCACCAUGGCAAUCCUGGUUGGGCAUGGAGAGGCUGGGUCCUGCAGGCCCUGGCUGUACGGCAGAGUUUACAACUUGGCCAGAGGCCGCCCGGCCUUCCAGUCCUCUGUCUACCCAUAUGAGAAUGUUGGCGUGGCCAGCAAAGCUGUCGAUGGGAAUUGCAACGGGGACUGGUACCACGUUGGGUCCUGCAUCCACACCAACGCUGACUAUGAGCCCUGGUGGUACGUGGACCUGGGAGACUACUAUGCCAUCAAUACCGUGCUGGUGAAGAACCGGGGGGACUGCUGCGGGGAGAGACUCAAGGGCGCUGAGAUCCGCGUGGGAAACAACAAAGGGAACGACAAAUCCAAUUACCUCUGUGGGACCAUCACGGACGUCAGCUUGGGGUUAAUCAGCACCUUCUACUGCCAUGGGGUCAGGGGCCGCUACGUGAGCAUCGUCAUCCCCAGACGGAAUGAAUACCUCCACGUCUGCGAGGUGGAAGUCUAUGGCACCAAGGGGAACCGUCAGAAAUAAAAGAGAUCACCUGUGCAGAUUGUGAGCAAUAAAGCUCCCUCUGAUCCA